GCUAUAAAUUUGUCUCAAUGUAUUACUCUUUUUUAACCAUUAGCCAUUUAAGCUUCCCCUCCUACCCACAGCCCGAACAUAACAGAACUAAUAUUCAAUAUCCAAACAUAGAACCUUCAUAGUCCAUUAAUCUGCAGCCUGCAGCCAUUGAACCAUCGAAUACAUCAAAGUAUCAAACCACCACUUCCAGGGUCCAUUCAUCCACUGCUCCAGAUUCUAUCUUCAGUGCAUUGCUAAAUUUCAAAAGAAAACAGUGGAAGCAGUUGUAACCUUUAGAUGGAUGCAAAGGACAUUUUAGGAUUGCCGAAGACUACUCUACUCACUCCCACAGAAAAAAAGUCCCGACCUCCGAAAGAGUCUCAACGCAAACCUGAUGGAAUUUCACGAGAAGUUUAUGCCCUUACAGGAGGUCUUGCACCUCUUAUGCCUGCUAUUGACAUAAAUCUUUUGAAGCGACGAACACAGGCUGAAAAUGAAAAGAUUACAUGGCAGUGGCUACCUUUUACUAGUUCUGCCCGAAAUGACAGCUUGCAACUGUAUCACUGGGUGAGGGUGGUAAAUGGUGUUUUGCCUAAAGGUGAUUAUUCAUUUGCCAAGUAUAACAAGUCUGUGGAUGUGAUUGAGUACACAGACGAGGAGUAUGAGAAGUAUCUGACAGACCCUACGUGGACAAAGGAAGAGACAGACCAAUUAUUUGAGCUGUGUAAAAGGUUUGAUCUAAGGUUCAUCGUGAUAGCUGAUAGAUUUCCAUCAUCACGCACCAUUGAGGAGCUUAAGGAUCGUUAUUAUACUGUAUCCCGAGUUGUCUUGAAUUCAAGGUCUGCAUCUUCUAUUGAUGUAGCCGGGCAUCACAUCCUUAAGGAACCUGAACCUUACAAUAUGCCUCAAGAGAUUGAAAGAAAACGUGCAUUGUCCAUGGUGCUUUCGCAGACAAGGCAUCAAGAACGCAGGGAUGCAGAAGUCCUUGCUGAAGCAAAGAAAAUAAUGGAAUCUCGUAAGGCUUCCAAGGUUGCUGAAGAGUCAGAGCUACCUCUUAUGUCAGAUUCAGGACCAGAAGGUUUGGAGAUGGCUGCUACCAUUAAUCCUGCCUCAAUUUCCCCAAAUACUCAGUUUCCUCCGGGCAUAAGUGCUUCUCCAAUAUCAGAAACUGCCUCUACUUUAGCUUCUCUUCGCACGUUGGGGGUGUACUUGCGUACAUAUGCACUAGAGCAAAUGGUGCAAGCAGCAAGCUCAUCAGCUGGACUCCGGACUAUUAAGCGUGUUGAGCAAACUUUACAAGACCUAGGGGUCAAUUUGAAGCCUAAAGUUCCAACUAAACUAGUAUGCGCAGAGCAUCUUGAACUUAGGAAAGAAAUUUUGACCCUAUUGAAUCUUCAAAAACAGUUGCAAUACAAGGAGUCUGAAGGUUCUUCAUAUCGUGAAGGUUCAUAUUCUGAAACACCUGGGACACCACCUAAGCGAGCACAGGCUGCACAGCGUAGUGUUGAACAUGACAAGACAUUCGGUCCUGACUUAAGUUUUGGAGGUGAGAGAGCUGGUAAAAAGGAUCAAAAACGCAAGACACCCGGAACACCCAAAUUUGAAGGCUCUCCUGCAUCUUCCAAACGGCCACGGAAGUUGAAAACCUCGUAUGGAUAAAGCACACGCUCCCAAGAUCCAUGGCUAAAUGUGGUAAUAACUCGGAUGAAUGCUUCGUGAAUUGGUUCUCGUAGUAGUCCUCUUUGUUUUUACACCAGGAGAACACAUAUAUUUUUUAAAGUGCUGUGUUUAAAAGCUUCUACUUGAAGUGGUUGGUUCAAGCACCUACACUGGCUCCAGUUAUUCAUUUUUGUUUUCACCCAUUAAACUUUGUACGCAGUCUUUAUCUACCUAAUGAUCAAAUAAGCUUGGGUUUCUUCU